UUCUAUAAUGCAGAGAUAAAACACACACAACAGAGAGAAAUAUAAUUAAAUAAUUUUCAUUUCUAGAGAAUUCAAGUUCUCUGUAUUCUUUAAUGGCUUUCAGUGUUGCCUCUUCUUCUUCUUCUACAAUUUCUGCUACCAAUUAUUCGCUCUCCUCUGAGCUCAAAGCUCUCCAAAUUGGUUCAUUGCGGCUGUUGGGUCGCCCGGCCGCCGUCAGCCUUUCUCAACGGAGAUGCUCGGUGAAGCCGGUGAACGCGGAGUCCAAACGGAAUGACUCCAUUGUCCCGCUUGCGGCAGCUAUAGCUGAGUCUGAGGUAGCAGAGAAAAUAGAGGUGGAAGACUAUGAACAAUUGGCCAAGGUGCUUGAGAACUCUUCACCUUUGGAGAUUAUGGAUAAGGCUCUUGAGAAGUUUGGCAAUGAUAUUGCUAUUGCAUUCAGUGGUGCUGAAGAUGUUGCUUUGAUAGAGUAUGCUAAGCUAACCGGUAGACCCUUUAGGGUGUUCAGUCUGGACACUGGGAGGUUGAACCCAGAAACCUAUAAGUUCUUUGACACUGUUGAGAAUCACUAUGGCAUCCAUAUUGAAUACAUGUUUCCUGAUGCUGUUGAAGUUCAAGCUUUGGUAAGGAGCAAGGGCCUGUUCUCUUUCUAUGAGGAUGGGCACCAGGAGUGCUGCCGUGUGAGAAAGGUGAGGCCCUUGAGGAGGGCUCUCAAGGGGCUACGUGCUUGGAUCACUGGCCAAAGAAAAGAUCAGUCCCCAGGCACUCGGUCUGAAAUUCCUGUUGUUCAGGUGGACCCAGUUUUUGAGGGAAUGGAUGGUGGAGUUGGUAGUCUGAUCAAGUGGAACCCAAUGGCAAAUGUUGAGGGACAAAAUGCAUGGAACUUCCUUCGAGCCAUGAAUGUGCCUGUAAACUCACUUCAUUCACAAGGUUAUGUGUCAAUUGGAUGCGAGCCUUGCACAAGACCAGUUCUUCCAGGCCAACAUGAGAGAGAAGGAAGAUGGUGGUGGGAGGAUGCUAAGGCUAAGGAAUGUGGGCUUCACAAAGGAAAUCUGAAGCAUGAUGAUCUAGCACAACUCAAUGGCAAUGGAAAUGGGGCUACCUAUUCAAAUGGAGCUGCUGGAGUUGCUGAUAUCUUCAACUCGCAGAAUUUGGUCAAUUUGAGCAGUUCUGGAAUAACGAAUUUGUUAAGAUUGGAGAACAGAAAGGAACCAUGGAUUGUUGUUCUUUAUGCCCCAUGGUGCCAAUUCUGCCAGGGCAUGGAAAAUUCCUAUCUUGAAUUGGCUGAUAAGUUGGCAGGGAGUGGAGUGAAGGUGGGGAAAUUCAGGGCUGAUGGUGAUCAGAAAGAAUUUGCUAAGCAAGAAUUACAGCUGGGAAGCUUUCCAACAAUACUUUUCUUUCCCAAACACUCCUCUCGGCCUAUUAAAUACCCCUCAGAGAAGAGGGAUGUAGAGUCCUUGAUGAGGUUUGUCAAUGCUCUCCGGUGAUGGUGGAAAUCGAAGGCAAUUUGAUAGACGGUUUGUUGAAUCAUUUGAACACUGAAGUCCAAGGUUGUCUUUGAUCUUUGCAAAUUCAUCAUAUCUAGCGAUCAGGAUGUCAACUCCCAGGCACAAAUGGAAUAAUGGGGGAGGCAGCGGGCCUCAACCUUAAGCAUAACUUAAUGGUUUGCUUGUUCCAGCACUAGGAGCCUUGGGAACUCAGAUCUCUCCUCCCUUUCCCCGCUUUUCCUUCCCUGCAAAUUGUGUGAGAGUCAGUUUUAGGCCAGAGUUUUGAAUUUUUUAGUCUCUAGAGUUUGUUGAGUCAUCUGUAUGUAGAAGGAGAAGUAGAGCUAUUGGAUCCAAUUAUUUUUGGUACAUCGUUAUCUGAAUUUUCAGCCCACUGUUGUAAGGGGAGAUGGGAAUUGCCAUUGUUAAGUACAGAAUUUUUGAUGCUUUGCAGGUACUGUUAAAGUUUAGGACCUCCAUAGCAAUGUAAGAGAUCAUGGAGUCAGAAAUGUUAAGGUCUUAGUUUGAAUUUGAAUGGAAGGCAAUUGAAAAAUAAAAUAGUAAAUAUAUUCCAAGCUCCA